AUGUUAACAUUCAUCAAAGGAGUAUUUGGUGCUAUUGGCUCUGAGAACUCUCCAUUCUCCAAGAACUAUGGCGAAGUGCUCCUGACACCUGUUGGAAAGGCAGAUUACGCCCUGGCUCGUCAGGGAACUGAGGUCUAUUUCGUCUCUCGUGACUUUUUGAUGGGAUCAAAUGCCUAUAACACGCUUCCACCUGAGAUACUGGGAUCAAAACACUCUCCAGAUGACAACAUUUACAUCAAUUUGGUUGGACACCACCUUUGUGACGAGAACAAGAGUGAUAGGCCAACAGCAUGUAUGGUUACAGAAGUAGCAGAGUGGAACGUAAGAACGAAUCCAAGAGGGCGACUUACGUCAUUGAGGUCGACUACAAGUGGCAGAUGCCUGUCAGUUAGCUCAUUUGAGCUUUUUAGAAGGAGAUACAAGGCGAAAAUGAAGACGUGUAAUGGUUCACAGGACCAGAUGUUUGAGAUGAGGGCAGUGACGUCAAAGAAGAUCAAGAGCAUCGAUUACGUCGAUGAAGAAGGACGAGUGACGUCAAAGAAGAAUUCAAUGCAGAAAGUGCUACCUUAA